UCCUCGGGGAGGGUCGUUUCUUCCCCCGCGGGUCCCAGACGGGGAUUCUGGGAGGUGGGAGACUGUUCUAGCUGUGUGGCCCUUGUCCUGUGCGAGCGCGGACGCGCCUCGAACUCCUGGGCCUGGCUUGGCUGGGCGCGGGGCUCCGCUCCUCCCGCGUCCCUGGACCGUGGAGGUUCGCCGGCACUGGCGGCGGGAGAAACUUAACCGGGACGGCAAGUCCUUCCUGCGUCCGACAGGGUCUCUCGAUGCGGAGCCGAAUAACUUUGUGUUUUUGUGUUCAGCCUGUCUCUUGCGGCUCGUGGCGCGCGGGGAGGUUUCGGCAUACCUGCGGAGGGCGUACCUGUGCGUGAGGAGGAGAAAGGGCAAGGUCCAGCCUGAGUGACCCGCGUGCCAGCCUCUCCGCAUAAGAAAGUAGACUCAGAGGUUGAGUGAUUGGCUUAAGGUCACAGAGCAAGAUACUGGAGACCUGGGAUUCGGACCCUGGGCCAUUGGAUGUGGAAACCCCACACUCUGCACAUCACUCUGCCACAUCCCAUUGCACUGUCUGGAAAUGGCACGACUGUGGUGGUCUCUAACUAGACUCCUUGCCCAACCCUUUCUGUCUUCAAUUGACAAGGGUGGCCCCUGGGUGGGGUGAAGCUCCACCGUCUUUCCUCUGGUCCCUGACCUCAGCGUGGGCCCCCAGCUACAAGAUGAACUGUCGCUCGGAGGUGCUGGAGGUGUCGGUUGAGGGGCGGCAGGUGGAGGAGGCCAUGCUGGCCGUGCUGCAUACGGUGCUCCUCCACCGCAGCACUGGCAAGUUCCACUACAAGAAGGAGGGCACCUACUCCAUUGGCACCGUGGGCACCCAGGACGUGGACUGCGACUUCAUCGACUUCACCUACGUGCGCGUCUCCUCCGAGGAGCUGGACCGCGCUCUGCGCAAGGUCGUCGGGGAGUUCAGGGAUGCUCUGCGCAACUCCGGGGGCGAUGGGCUGGGGCAGAUGUCCCUGGAGUUCUACCAGAAGAAGAAGUCUCGCUGGCCUUUCUCCGAUGAGUGCAUCCCCUGGGAGGUAUGGACAGUCAAGGUGCAUGUGGUGGCCCUGGCCACAGAGCAGGAGCGGCAGAUAUGCCGGGAGAAGGUGGGGGAGAAGCUCUGCGAGAAGAUCAUCAACAUUGUGGAGGUGAUGAACCGGCAUGAGUACCUGCCCAAGAUGCCCACGCAGUCAGAGGUGGACAACGUGUUCGACACGGGCUUGCGGGACGUGCAGCCCUACCUCUAUAAGAUUUCCUUCCAGAUCACUGACGCCCUGGGCUCCUCCGUCACCACCACCAUGCGCAGGCUCAUUAAAGACACCCUGGCCCUCUAGGUCUCUCCAGGGCCUUGGUGCUCCUUGAUGGCUUACGGACCUUGGCUUCUGGGGAAGUACUGUUAGGCCCUUGGGGCUCUGGAACCCGCUUCGGGUCCUUGAUGAGACUGGGAAGGGCCGCCCUGGCUUCCUCGUGCUGUGGAUGCCAGUCUGUGGUCGUCCUUGUCACCUUCACUGAUGGUCAGGUCUGGCCUGCACUGUCUCUCCAUACUCCUGGUUUCGGGGGGGUUUCCCCUUUCCUACAUUGUACAGAGGAGCCAUCACUAGGAUGGUGAAUAAAGCUGAGAGUGUAAGUUUGG